CAUCAAGUGGCAUAUAUAUUGCUUGGGGUGUACAUCGUCCCACAUCUCUACCUCGUGGGUUUCCUUGGUCGGAAGGAGAGCAAUUCAUAUCUGAUCUCGUAAUCAUGGCGGAACCAUCUGUAAAAAAGCGGCCGAGGGGCGAGGAGGAGACUGGCCCUGACGAGAAAGAAGACGACGACGAAUCUCCUGUACUAGAAAGAAGCUUAGUAUUUAAUGACACAUUAAUAGCGCUCAGAAUGAUGCAUGCUCAAUUUCCAAAAUUUGAGAAGGUUGCACGUCCUUUUAUUUUACAAUCACAGUUAUAUAGUAGCGUAAAGGAUAGGACACAAGUAGAUAGAGACUUGGAGUCAUUGAAGAAGGAGAAAGUUCUGCGGCUGUUCAAACUAAAUACAGGCCAGGAUGACCAUGCAAUAAUGUUUUUUGAAGAUUAUGUAAACCAGAUGGAUUUUGCAGUGAAGAAGUUAGGUGCCAGAAAUCAACAUGAUAUGGAAGUUUUUGAGUGGUUCAAAGUACAUGUAAUUGAAUCCAAGCUGGAUGUGAGCAUAGAUCAUCAGGAGUUGUUCAUAUUGUUGUCAGCUGGAGGCGAUGUGACAGAUGAGGAUAUAACACUUCUAAUCAAUGCUGGUCUUCUUACUCGCCAGAUGAUUGACCCAAAUAUGUACUGGUUUGCAAUUCCAAACAUUGGUUCGGUACUCAAAGGUCUCUCCCAGGGCCGGAAGGAGCUCCUUUCUUUCCUGAACCGAAGAAAAUACAAAGAGAUGCUGUUAGCUUCUUUGGAGAAGAAACGUCUGCGACUAUCACCACUAGACACGAGGUUUCAUCUUCGUGAUCUCAUUGGUUCUGGACAUUUAAAAGUCUUACAAACCCCAUCUGGCAUGCUUGUUAGAGUUUCCAAAGAUUGAAGAGGUAUGUCCUUCUGAUUUUAUUUUUAUUUGCAUAAAAUGUCAAAAUAAUCCUUAUAUAAAAAUGUCAAAUAAGUCUCCCGACUCUUUUUCAACCCCGAUCAUUCCGAAUUUAUAAAAAUGUCAAAUUAGUCUCCAACAUAUUUUAAUGUGGGCUUAUUAUUUAUUGGAAAUAUAGCAUGUUUAGUGAAAAAGGAACAAAAAAACAAAAGGGAUAAUUACAUGCAAACCAG